UCUCAGUGCUACCUCUUUAAAAGCAAAAAGAAAACUGGAAUAAACACCCGCUGGGUGGCUGAAGUACUUAACGAAUAAUUUUUUUAAAAACAUUUGGGCUGGGGGGAAGUUUAUCCCCUCCCCACUGCAUUUUUCUACCUUCAUGCUCAACCUAGCCGUGGGAAAAAAAAGGAAACAAAACCGUCCUGUUAACAAAAUCUUGAAGAAGGGCCUCCGUCUGAAUCUUAGAGUCUCAAAGGCUUCAGGAGAGAGUUUUGGUUCUAGAUUCUGGUUGGAAAAAAAAAAAGUGUCUUGGAAAAAGAUGUGGUCCUAGAUUGCAUUAUAAUUGAGUAGUAAGGCCCGAAGGAUUCUUUAGUUUGAGGACAUGGCACCGGAGGCUGGGGUGAGGAGUGCCUUGUGGUUAACUCUGAGGUGGCAGAGGUCCCCGCUUCCUUCAGCCGCCUUGGCAGGCUUCCUGGUCCUUUAUCAGCAGUUAGGGGUGACACUGGUGCUGACAAGCCUCUUCUGUGUUGUCUGACCCGGUGAACAAGUGUGUUGAGAAGUGAAGGGUCAUAGUGUUUACAUAAUAUGCUGAUUAGUCACUGAGGAACACAUUGGUGCAAUAAAUGUGUGCCUAGUUUUACGCCUUGCAUUUACAUUCUCUUUCUCUCUCUCUCCAUGCAAUUUUUUAAAGGCACCGAUAAAUGAAAUCAUUAUCAUUGCCUGCAAGCCUGCCCUGGCUUUAGGCAGGCGACUGGCUUCCUGCGCUGGGAAUGAUAGCGAUUCAGAAGUGAUAAUUGGUGUACUGUAUCUUUAAAAGGUUAAAACCCCUUUCAAAAAAGGUCUGGACUCAUAGUGGAAAAGAGAAGCAAGGCAUGGGUUGGCUCUGGGUUCGGAAAACAGCUGCUGAUUAGAUUCUGUGUCUGCGGGCUGAAUUUAUUCCGUGUUUUUCAGCAGCAGGAAUUCAAGAGGGAUGCUACUGUUUGGGUUUCUGAUCGUGAUUUAUAUUUAUUCAGAGGAAUAACAGAGGGUGGAUCUGUUCCUGGCGCGAGCAUGCUCACAACCAGCCGACUCUCCCAUUAUCCAACUGCCUAGUUUGGUGCCUCAAUGUACAUGUAUAUUCCGUGUGCCUAUGUGUGUAUACAAACACGCAUGCAUGCCUGGAUGGACAUAUGUGUGCACAGGUUAUUUUUUAAGGACAAUUCUUUCAAUAAGGUCUUUACCCCUUACUUGAAACAGGUGUUCAUGAAAAAAUGCACAAAAUCCUGACUGGCCGGAAUAAUUCAUGAAGAAGGGGCUGGAUCCGUGGGUCAGAGAACACAGGACCAGUUUGCCAUCCCAAGGCCGAAGGCCUCCCUCCAACACAGGCCUCCAAGCUCUUAGAAAUCUCUGACACAUCUUGACCAUGAGACCACGGCUAGCUUUUGGCAGGAUUCAAGGCGCAAACCCAGCAUCCUCGACCUAGUUCAUGGAGAAGCCUCAAGCGACGCUGGCCAGGCAAGCUCUCCCUUCCAUAGGGAAGAGCAGAGCGUGAGAGGGCAGCUGCAGCAGGAGUGGACAUGAACGCUGGUUUCCAAAGAGAACAGCGUUUUAGUUUUGGUCAUCGAAAGUGGUGCCUUCAGCACAGAAGAGCGUGAAUUCCCCUCUGCGGCCAUCUGUCUCCGACACGGGAGCAAAGGAAAGAAGAGGCCGGACGGAGCCGCCCGCGGCGUCCAGCGUGGCUCCUCUCGUGCGGGGACCAGGGAUGACUGGGCUGUGCACCCAGACGUCUCCAGCCUUCAGCGGUUUGCGUAGCACACAGGGGACUCGUAGGGGGCCGCUUGCCACUGCCAACUGAAACAAUACGAUGGCAACAUUGACAUCCUUCGUGACGUUCCCACGACAGACAUUCAGGCAGAAAGUGCUGGCGCGUUUUCUGUCUGCCAAGUAGCGGGCCAUGCCUCAACCACGUGAGUGGUUUGGGCCCUGAUGACCUGCUCUGAGUCCACUCGCAGCCAGUGACACUUGCAAAAAAUCCCCAAAGCCGUCUUGGGUUCGGCUUCCUCAGCUCUUGACCAAUGUGGCCGAAAGCAGACGCCUCCUUGGGACGCUUGGAUUAUUCAUAGAUGCAGCCUGCCCCGAACCUCCCUGAGUAGCAUCUCGAGUCUCCGUGGAGGUCAUGGAUCCUGAACAAAGUGUCAAGGGCACCAGGAAGGCUGAGGGAAGUCCCCGGAAGCGGCUGACCAAGGGAGAGGCCGUCCAGACCAGUGUUUCGUCCAGCGCUCCGCACCCAGGUGGCAGCACAGCCGCCACCCAGGAGGCCCCGCUCCAAGACCUCCUAGCCCCGCAGCCCUUCCCGGGCCCUUCGCCAGUUCUUAGGGAAGGCUCUCAGGAGAAAAUGGGCCAGCAGCAGAAGCCCCCCAAGAGGUCGUCCAUCGAAGCCUCUGUCCACAUCUCGCAGCUUCCGCAGCACCCUCUGACACCAGCAUUCAUGUCGCCCGGCAAGCCCGAGCAUCUCCUGGAGGGCUCCACGUGGCAGCUGGUCGACCCCAUGAGACCCGGACCCUCUGGCUCCUUCGUGACCCCUGGGCUCCAUCCUCAGAGCCAGCUCCUCCCUCCCCAUGCUUCCAUCAUCCCCCCGGAGGACCUGCCUGGCAUCCCCAAAGUCUACGUGCCCCAUCCCUCCCAGGUCUCCUUGAAGCCUGCAGAAGAGGCACACAAGAAGGAGAGGAAGCCACAGAAGCCGGGCAAAUACAUCUGCCAGUACUGCAGCCGGCCCUGCGCCAAGCCCAGCGUGCUCCAGAAACACAUCCGCUCGCACACGGGCGAGAGGCCUUACCCCUGCGGCCCCUGCGGCUUCUCCUUCAAGACCAAGAGUAACCUCUACAAGCACAGGAAGUCCCAUGCCCACCGCAUCAAAGCCGGCCUGGCCUCCGGAAUGGGCGGCGAGAUGUAUGCCCCGGGGCUGGAGAUGGAGAGGAUCCCAGGGGAAGAGUUUGAGGAGCCCACCGAGGGAGAGAGCACAGAUUCAGAAGAGGAAACGGGCUCCACGUCCGCGCACCCCGCGGAGCUCUCCCCGAGACCUAAGCAGCCCCUCCUGUCCAGCGGUUUGUACAGCUCCGGCAGCCAGGGUUCCAGCCACGAACGCUGUUCCUUGUCCCAGUCCAGCUCCGCCCAGUCGCUCGAGGACCCCAGUCCAUUUGCAGAACCCUCAUCCGAACACCCCCUGAGCCAUAAACCCGAAGACACGCACACGAUAAAGCAGAAGCUGGCCCUUCGCUUAAGUGAGAGGAAAAAGGUCAUCGACGAGCAGGCGUUCCUGAGCCCGGGCAGCAAGGGGAGCACGGAGUCUGGGUAUUUCUCACGCUCCGAGAGUGCCGAGCAGCAGGCCAGUCCCCCCAACACCAACGCCAGGUCCUACGCCGAGAUCAUCUUCGGCAAGUGCGGGCGCAUGGGGCAGCGGACCACCAUGCUGACGGCCACCUCCACCCAGCCCCUCCUGCCCCUGUCCACGGAAGACAAGCCCAGCCUGGUGCCUUUGUCUGUGCCCCGGACACAGGUGAUCGAGCACAUCACCAAGCUCAUCACCAUCAACGAGGCCGUGGUGGACACCAGCGAGAUAGACAGCGUGAAGCCGAGGAGGAGCUCGCUGUCCCGGCGCAGCAGCAUGGAGUCCCCCAAAUCCAGCCUCUACCGGGAGCCCCUGUCGUCCCACGGCGAGAAGACGAAGCCCGAACAAUCACUGCUGAGCCUGCAGCACCCGCCCGGCGCCGCCCCCCCUGUGCCUCUGCUGAGAAGCCGCUCCAUGCCUUCGGCCGCCUGCACCCUCGGUACCCCCCACCACCCCUUCCGAGGUAGCUACUCCUUCGACGACCACGUCGCCGACCCCGAAGCCCUGAGCCGCAGCAGUCAAGUGUUUACUUCCCACCCCCGGAUGCUCAAGCGCCAGCCAGCCAUCGAACUUCCUCUGGGAGGGGAGUACAGCUCUGAGGAGCCCGGGCCAAGUAGCAAAGACACGGCCGCCAGACCCGCAGACGAACCGGAACCCAAGGAAAGCGAACUCACCAAAAAGACCAAGAAGGGUUUGAAAACGAAAGGGGUGAUCUAUGAAUGUAACAUAUGUGGUGCUCGGUACAAGAAAAAGGACAACUACGAAGCCCAUAAAAAGUACUACUGCUCAGAGCUUCAGAUCGCAAAGCCCCUCUCGGCGGGCGCCCACGCUUCUCUGGAAGCCGAGAAGAGUCAGGCUGAGCAGGAACCCUGGUCCCAGAUGAUGCAUUACAAACUGGGGACCACCUUGGAGCUCACUCCACUGAGGAAAAGGAGGAAAGAGAAGAGCCUUGGGGACGAGGAAGAGCCGCCUGCCUUUGAGUCGACAAAAAGUCAGUUUGGCAGCCCCGGGCCAUCCGAUGCUCCUCGGAACCUUCCCCUGGAGUCCACCAAGUCACCAGCAGAACCAAGCAAGUCAGCGCCCUCCCUGGAGGGACCCACGGGCUUCCAGCCAAGGACUCCCAAGCUAGGGUCCAGUUCAGAAUCAGGGAAGGAGCGGAGAACAACGUCCAAAGAAAUUUCUGUCAUCCAGCACACCAGCUCCUUUGAGAAGUCUGACUCUCUGGAGCAGCCCAGUGGCUUGGAGGGAGAAGACAAGUCUCCAGCCCCAUUCUCGUCACCCCCACCCGCCCCGCACGGACGCUCCGCACACUCCCUGCAGCCCAAGCUCGUCCGCCAGCCCAACAUUCAGGUCCCUGAGAUCCUGGUGACCGAGGAGCCCGACCGGCUGGACACAGAGCCUGAGCCGCCCCCUAAGGAACCCGAGAAGACGGAGGAGUUCCAGUGGCCCCAGCGUAGCCAGACGCUCGCCCAGCUCCCUGCGGAGAAGCUGCCACCCAAGAAGAAGAGACUGCGCCUGGCAGAGAUGGCCCAGUCGUCGGGGGAGUCCAGCUUCGAGUCCUCCCUUCCUCUGUCUCGCAGCCCAAGCCAGGAGAGCAGUGUCUCUCUGAGCGGGUCCAGCCGCUCCGCCUCCUUUGAGAGGGACGACCACGGAAAAGCCGAGGCCCCCGGGCCCUCAUCCGACACACGCUCCAAACCCUUGGGCACCCACAUGCUGACUGUCCCCAGCCACCACCCACAUGCCCGAGAGAUGCGGAGGUCAGCCUCAGAGCAGAGCCCUAACAUUUCCCAUUCUGCCCAUAUGACUGAGACACGCAGCAAAUCCUUCGACUACGGCAGCUUGUCCUUGACAGGCCCUUCUGUGCCGGCCCCAGCGGCCCCAGCGGCCCCACCAGAGAGAAGAAAAUGCUUUUUGGUGAGACAGGCUUCUCUGAGCAGGCCUCCAGAAACCGAGACAGAGGCCGCCCCCAAGGGAAGACAGGAGAGCGAGGACCCGAAGCCCUCAUCCAGUAAACCUCCCACCAAAAGCUCAUUGCCCCAGAUUUCGUCAGCGGCCACCUCGCACAGCGGACACCCAGGAGGCAAGAGCCAGGUGCAGGACAGACCUCCACCGGGGUCCACUCCGCCCUAUACGGAAGCACUGCAGGUGUUCCAGCAUCCCACUGCCCAGCUCGCCCUGCAUGAGAAACCGUACCUGCCGCCACCCGUCUCCCUUUUCUCCUUCCAGCACCUCUUGCAGCAUGAGCCAGGACAGCCUUCAGAAUUCUUCUCCACCCAGGCCAUGUCCAGCCUCCUCUCCACGCCGUACUCCAUGCCCCCGCUUCCUCCCUCCUUAUUUCAAGCCCCGCCACUUCCUCUCCAACCUACUGUUUUGCACCCAGGCCAACUCCACCUCCCCCAGCUCAUGCCUCACCCAGCCAACAUCCCCUUCCGACAGCCCCCUUCGUUUCUCCCCAUGCCAUACCCUGCCUCCUCAGCACUCUCUUCUGGGUUUUUCCUGCCUCUGCAGUCUCAGUUUGCCCUUCAGCUCCCUGGCGACGUGGAAAGCCAUCUGCCCCAGAUCAAAACCAGCCUGGCCCCGCUAGCAACAGGAACCACUGGCCUCUCCCCCAGCACAGAGUACAGCAGUGACAUCCAGCUUCCCCCUGUGGCUCCCCCAGCCAGCUCUUCAGCACCCACGGCAGCCCCUCUGCUGGCCCUGCCCGCCUGUCCGGACGCCAUGGUGUCCCUGGUUGUGCCCGUCCGCAUUCAGACUAACAUGCCGUCCUAUGGGAGCGCCAUGUACACCACCCUCUCCCAGAUCCUGGUCACCCAGCCCCAAGGCAGCUCAGCAACUGUCGCUCUUCCCAAGUUUGAGGAGCCCACGUGCAAAGGGGUGACCGUGUGUGGGGCAGAUGUGUACGAAGUCGGGCCCAGCACAGCAGGGCUAAGUGAGGAGCAGAGCAGAGGUUUCCAGACUCCAUACCUGAGAGUGCCUGUCACAUUGCCUGAAAGAAAAGGCACUUCUCUGUCGUCAGAGAGUGUCUUGAGCCUGGAGGGGAGUUCAUCAACAGUGGGCGGAAGCAAACGCGUCCUGUCCCCAGCUGGCAGCCUCGAGCUCACCAUGGAAACCCAGCAGCAAAAAAGAGUGAAGGAGGAGGAGGGUUCCAAGGCAGAUGAAACGCUAGAGCUGUUGAAGCCGUGCAGCGUGGUGCUCACCAGCGCCGAGGACGGCAAGAGGCCGGAGAAAUCCCACUCGGGCAGUCAGGGCCAGGGCAGGAGGGAACUAGAAACACUGUCCAGCGUGUCCUCAGAUCCAGCUGGCCCCAAGGAAGUCCCUGUGCGUCCUCACCCCUCCUUGCCCCGUGUGACGGCCCCAGGCUCAGAGGCUUUGAAGGAAUAUGCCCAGCCAUCUGGUAAACCUCACCGCAGAGGGUUGCCCGCCCUGAGCAUAAAGAAAGAAGAUUCCAAGGAACAGCCUGACCUCCCUCCACUGGCACCUCCCGGCUUGCUGCCUCGGUCAGAAACGUCUCCCAGACCAGCCAAGUCGCAAGAAGGUACGGACUCAAAGAAGGUACUGCAGUUCCCCAGCCUCCACACGACCACUAAUGUCAGUUGGUGCUAUUUAAACUACAUUAAGCCAAAUCACAUCCAGCAUGCAGAUAGGAGGUCCUCUGUUUACGCUGGUUGGUGCAUAAGUUUGUACAACCCCAACCUUCCGGGGGUUUCCACUAAAGCUGCUUUGUCCCUCCUGAGGUCUAAGCAGAAGGUGAGCAAAGAGACAUACACCAUGGCCACAGCUCCGCAUCCUGAGAAAGGAAGGCUUGUGCCAUCCAGCUCUCGCAAGCCCCGCAUGACAGAGGUUCACCUCCCUUCGCUGGUUUCCUCGGAAGCCCAGAAAGAUAUAGCUAGAGUGGAGAAGGAAGAGGAGAAGCGAGGGAAGCCGGAGGAGGACGCUCCUGCCUCGAAGCGAGGGGAGCCGGCGAGGAUCAAAAUCUUCGAAGGAGGGUACAAAUCAAACGAAGAGUAUGUUUAUGUGCGAGGCCGCGGCCGAGGGAAAUAUGUUUGUGAGGAGUGUGGAAUUCGCUGCAAGAAGCCCAGCAUGCUGAAGAAGCACAUCCGCACCCACACUGACGUCCGGCCCUAUGUGUGCAAGCACUGUCACUUUGCUUUUAAAACCAAAGGGAAUCUGACUAAGCACAUGAAGUCGAAGGCCCACAGCAAAAAGUGCCAAGAGACGGGGGUGCUGGAGGAGCUGGAAGCCGAAGAAGGAACCAGUGACGACCCGUUCCAGGACUCGGAAGGGCGAGAGGGCUCAGAGGCCGUGGCAGAGCACCAGUUUUCAGACCUGGAGGACUCGGACUCAGACUCGGACCUGGAUGAAGACGAGGAUGAGGACGAGGAGGAGAGCCAGGAUGAGCCAUCAGGACCGUCCUCGGAGGCACCCCCGCCCGGCCCACCGGCCACCCUACCGGCAGACUCCUCGCCCGUUCAGGGCCCUCCCAGCCCAGAGGCCACGUUUGGCAACCAGGCCCCACGGGGCAGCUCAGUCUCGGAAGCCGAGCCCUUGGCAGCCAGCAGUUGCUCCACGUCCAGCCAAAGCAUCCUGUGCCUCCCCCGGCUGGGACCAGCCCCUUCGGGCCCCAUGGAGAAGGACACAGGCUCAGCCCUGAGCUCCAAGGCCAUGUCCCCGAGAAGGCCGUGGUCCCCAAGCAAAGAAGCAGGCAGCCGCCCACUGCUCGCCCACAAAUACUCACUAACCAAAAGCGACUCGUCUCCCCAGCGACAUUCACCGGCCCGAGAGCCACAGGCCUCAGCCUCGAGUCCGCCUGGUCCCCAGAUGGGCCCUCUCCCUUGCGGGUCUCCAAGACUUGAGCUGUCUCCUCUCACCCCCCGCCCCCUGGGACGGGAGCUGCCCCCUCGAGCGCAUCUGCCUCCAGAACGCGAAGGCGCCACAGACCCAGGCCCCUCCAGACACUCACCCACCAGGAGACGGCCUCCAGGCCAGGCCGAGUCACCACCACGGUCAGCACUGCCCGGGAAGUGGGCCUCGGCGGGGCCCGGCAGCCCCUCGGCGGGCGAGCGUGGCCCAGGCUCGGGGCUGGCCCCGCGGGCUCUCUACCCGCCCGCGCCUCUACCUCACAAGCUUCUCGGCAGAAGCCCCGAGACCUGCACCUCCACGUGGAAGGCCGAGUCCCGAAGUCCCUCCUGCUCACCUGGCCCUGCUCAUCCUCUCUUCUCCCGACCCUUCUCCGCCCCCCAUGACUUCCACGGCCACCUCCCGGCCCGGACAGAGGAGAACAUCUUCAGCCACCUCCCUCUGCACUCCCAGCACUUGACUCGCGCCCCAUGCCCCCUGAUUCCCAUCGGUGGGAUCCAGAUGGUGCAGGCCCGGCCGGGGGCCCACCCCACCCUGCUGCCAGGGCCCACAAUGGCCUGGGUCAGCGGCUUCUCGGGGGGCGGCAGCGACCUGACAGGGGCCCGGGAGGCCCAGGAGCGAGGCCGCUGGAGUCCCACUGAGAGUUCGUCAGCCUCCGUGUCCCCCGUGGCAAAGGUCUCCAAGUUCACACUCUCCUCGGAGCUGGAGGGCAGGGACUACCCCAAGGAGAGGGAGAGGACGAGUGGGGGCCUGGGCAGACCUCCCGACUGGGAGCCCCGUGUGGCUAAGGUGCCCGCAGAGCCCGCACCCACGCACUGCCCCCGCACCCCACCCGAGGCCUCGCCUCGGCCACCCCACGGCCACCGAGCAGAGCCCCGGAGCCCCCGCUUGGAGUCCCCACGCACACUGGCCAACCCUGCGGCCUCUGCCGCCCCGCCACUGGACCGCAGCAGUUCGGUGGGCUGCCUGGCAGAGGCCUCCGCUCGCUUCCCAGCUCGGAGGAGGAACCUCUCUGGGGAACCCAGGACCAGUCAGGGCUCCCCGGAGCCCUCAGGAAGUGGGGGGCCCGGGGCACCUCCACACCAGCCCGAGGACAGGGGCCCCCCAGGCACUUAGCCUCUCUCCGACCGCUUCUGCAUCUGGCUUCCGGUGUUCGGCAACAGACGUUUCCAGCCAACUUCCUCGAAUCAUCUCGCUCUCAUGGGCUCCCUCUCCCGUCUGUCCGUCUGUCCAGGCAGCUUCUGCCCAGCCCUGAUCUGUUCUAUCUUCCCACGUAUGCAGUUACCUGUGCCUUCUUCUAUAUCUUUUGUUGCUUGAAAAGAAACAAACACAACACACACACAUAAAAAAAAAACCCACGAGGAGGUUGAGGCUGUGAAUAUUUUGUGCUUUUCCGAGAAAGGGUGUAGGUGGGGCUUCACCCUGGGCCGCUGCGCUCGGCAGCCACCCCCCAGGUUGGCAAGAGGUGGCUAUUUGCUGAGGGAAAAGGGAUGCCUGGAAGGAGAAGAAAAACCAAGGAACUUUUAAAAAUAUAUAAUUAAAUGUAAAAGUAAGCACUCCUAUGUACAGACAUUCAUGUUUCCUAUUUAUUGCCGCUUCGUCCACCCCAGCGAGUGGCCACCCCUCUCUGCCAGCAGAAUGGCCAGCGGCCUGAGGCAGAGGGACACAGACAGAGGCAGGGAGACCCCACUCAGCCUCCACGUGCAGGCCUGGAAAACUCCAACUUUCUUUUCCCCAAGAAAAAGAAAAUGUUACUUUUCCUAGGAUUUCAACACAAAAUAAUAGGAACAGGUAGAAGGUGAGAGCUGGUAGGUUCCAUCCCAGGCUCCAAGAUACCCAGGUGGUCUGAGUCAUGGGCCCAGCCUGGCAUUUGACCCAUGGAAAUCCCCCUGCCCACCCCCCUCUCGGCCCCCCAGCAUCCCCCCUCUGUGCCCCCACCCCCAGCCCCUGGGCUGAGAGAGGAGCCCUGACGCUCCAUCUCCCGGCUCCUGAGCACCUGACCUAGGCCUUGCUCUCAGGGCCCCGGCCACAGCCCUCCUUCCUUGUUCUAGAAACUACCCGCAAGGCUGAAGUGGCAGGCCCCAGACCUCACAGGUCAAGAUCCAAGGUGCAUAGCCUCGCCAUUCCUGAGGCCAGGGCUGAGGCUUCCUGUCACGUUUGGUCCCUGGGGUACAAAGGGCCCUGUUUCCUCCACGGCGGGGCCGUUCCAGUGCUCGGCAACUGGACGUUUGCAGAGCCCCAUUUCUGGACCUUUUGAAGCAGGACUGUUCCCUCGUCCCUGCCCCACACCCUGUCAGGCCUCCCUUACGCCCAGGAAGUACCCAAACCGUGCCUGGCGGGAACAGCCCAGACCUGUUUUUUGGCUUAAAUCUCGUUUAAAAAAUUAAAUUAAAAAAAAUAAUAAUAAUAUAUAUAUGUAAAUCUAGAAAGAGAGGCUGGUGUUUGACACUUUUUCCAGCCUCCUCAGAUUCUCUUGGCUUAAGAGGAUUUUUCAGUUGUCCUAAGUCAUUUGAAUUCUUCCCCAAAGCAAUCAGUACUAGCCAGUGCCUCCUUCCUUGUCCCCAUUUCCUCCUUCAAGAAGCUGCCCUGCAUUUCCUGGGGCAAAAACUUGCUUUGUAAGAAAACUAAUGUGACCAGAAAUGAAAAUCCCAAGUUGAAAUAUGAAACUUGACUCUAGUCCUGGAGAGGUGGGUUUUUCCCAAAAUUAUUCCCCAAAUUGUUUCCUUUAGUUACAAGGGGGAGAAAGGCUAGGGACCACAGUCAUGGGCCACCCAGGCUGGUGCUGACAGAUCUGGGACCUCCCAGGGCUGUCCCCGGUCCUCAGCCAGGCCUCAUGAAUCCUGUGCCUGUAGGGGCUCCUAGCUGUUGAGGUUGUUUAGACAAGACAUCCCAAUUGGGGAGCGUUGAGGCCCUUCAGCGAGUGCCCCGCGCUCGGCCAUAGUUCCCUCUUCCGCCAGUUCAGGACCUUCCCUGCUUGGCCCCUGCUGGGUGGACAAACCAGCCACAGGUCCAGCCUCCAGCCAGACCACCUUGUUCAUUUCCCUUUGUCCUGUCUCAGAGCUAAGACACAAAGGGGACAAUAGGGAAAGGGCCUCCCCAGGGUUCCACUGGGCUCCAGGGUGCUGGGGGUAUGAUUAUCAAGCAGUUCCCAGCUGCCCGACCCAGAGUCUGGUGCUCUCGCCAACAAGCCAGGCCUUGACCACAUUGGCACUGAUUUGGCCUGGCAGGAAGUGGCAAGGAGCCCAGGCCCCAAUCACAGCCCACGUCGGAGGCCAAGGCCCUCCUCACCCUCGUCUUUCCACCCUACCCCGUGGGGCUGCCCCAGGACUGGAGCCUUCAAGCACUGAGGCCUGGGAGCUGGAUGAAGGGCAUUGCUUGAGCCCAGGUUUGACAUCUUCCCAGGCAAGAUCUUCCAGCCCCAGAUCUCCAAAACAGCAGACUGGGGCUCUGCAGGACUAGCCCUGGGAGUGGCCAUGCCCUUCCACCCGCCCUGCACCCCCAGCUCUCCUGGGCGUCGUUCCCCCUGUACUCAGCCCACCCACCAAGAUUUCCUCCCUGGGAGAUCUAGUCGUGGACGGUGUGGCCAGGAGGGGAGAGUCCUCAAAGCCACUUGGGCCCACAGGCACAGGCAGAGGGGACGGAGGCCAGGAGUCACUGACGACCCCUUUCUCAAUGAUGGGGACAUGAUGCACAAAUGCAAUGUGGCCGAAAGGCUACUGCCCCCACACAGGUGCCCAGAGGGACAGAAUCAAUGCCAUCAGCCUGGGUCACGUGUCACUGGACACAGCCCUAAUCCCCUCUGCCAGACUCUAUACCCCCUCCCCAGAGCACAGAGCCCCCAGCCCACACACACACCUUCAUAAUUUGGAAAAGGACUUUCACUCUGUGUCCUUCCCUAGGGCCUCCUGCCCUGUUCCCAACCACUUGCGCAUUUCCAGUUCGCCUGUGAUGUUAUUGUCCCUGUUAAGGGACGCGGUGGAGAAAGCAGAGCUGACUUGUUGGCAGGGACACCUAUCACGUGCUCUGUUGAAACGUGCAGGAUGGCCAUUCCUUGGUCCAGGCCCGCUCUGGUCCUUGGGGGUUGGCAGUGGCGGGGGAACAAAUUUGCCAAGGUUUCAGAGCUAAUACUUGCCUUCUGUUGGGGAUUCCAAGCCACUUGGCCCCCAGGCCUACCCUCCAGGAUGCCCCGCACCCUCGGCAAGCUCAGGGUCAUUCUGGGUACUAACCUUGCUCCUCUCUGAGGCUCCUUUCCCCAGGCCUGUGCCCCCCACCACCCCCACCCAUGGCUUACACUCUGAUCCCAACUACUGAGACCCUCCAGGAGGCCAACAGCAGUGACGUCCCCACUCUCCCACCUCCAUCACCUCCAACUUCCAGGCCCAGAAGUCCUUCCACCUCCCGUGCAGGAAAAAGUCUGGAAGAAUUCGCUUCCAGAUCUCUCUGGCCCCUGCUCCAUCCUCACCCCACCGUUUUUGAAUAGGAGCAAGCAAUAUAGCUGAUCUGAGCUGCUCUCUAGUCCUUUCUCCAGACAGAUCCUUCUUAGAGCAAAGUCCUGCCCAGACAGCCAUCCUCAGAGACAGAUCUGCAGCACUGACCAAGGGGAGAAGGUUCUCGAAGGUCUGUUCCACAAAUUCUGCUUCCAUGUCGUGGCUCCAGUCCGCUUUUCAUUAGAAGCCCGCUUCGGCACUUACGAUCACUUUACUAAACCUAGUGUUAAAACAAGAAGAGAAACGGAAAAAAAGAAACGUGUAGGCAGAUGUAAGAUACACGCUCUCUGUAAGAUAAAUAUUUGCCUUUUUUUCUAAAAGGUGUAUGUAUUCUGUACGUGAAAUUGUCUGUAGAGAGUUCAAUGUUUUAAAUGGCAAUACAUUCCAAAAAUCGUACUGUAGAUAUGUACAGCCACCACACUGGAUGGGGUAGUUUUGCCUGUAAUUUUAUUUAAACUCCAGUUUCUACACUUGCAUCUUGCAAUGUUCAUAUGGUAUAUAUCAGUGCAAAAGAAAAAAAAAACUCAACAAAAAAUCCACGCAGGUCUAAAGCACAGAGUCUGAUGUACAAAAGGAAGACAAUGCUCAGUAUUGAUGUGUGUGACCUUUGUUGUAAAUUACAUCUGUACUGUGAAUGAGAAGUUUUUACAAGUAUAAUAAUUGCCUUUAUUACAGCUCUGGCUGAGCGUUCAGCCUGAGGAUAUUUUUUAAAAAAAAACAGCACGUUGGAAUAAAUUUGAAAAUCCCAACAUA